AUGCUUGAUGAUCGAGACGUACAGCUAGAUGCUGAAGAAAAUGCAUAUGGCCAACAAGCAAUCUGGCGCCACGUGUAUGACUUGAUGAAAUGCGAUUAUUCUGCAUGCCACCUCGGCCCUUACUGCUGGCUGGACCCGGUAGCGACGAAGCAUUAUCGACUUCGCACACAAACCCUCAAGCGAUUAGUGACCUACGCCGAGAAAGGUGGUGUUCUCGAGACACAUAAAGAUGUUCCUAAUGAAAUCAGGGGUGACCUUUAUACGGAAGAGCAGCAGCGACAGGAGAAAGACAAAGGCAAAAACGGAAAUAUUCUCGGCGGCACACCGUAUCCGCCUAUCAACAUCAAUGUUCUGCCUUCUUACUCUGCUGAGUUGGAUGUGACGGCUUCCAGUGCCAUUGCUGACCCAAGCGUUUCGAAAGAGAGAUGCCUAUUGAGAAUCCCCGGUUUCAGGGAUGUAGCUGCCAAAGAGUACAGUGAGUGGCUCGCUUCAACUGUAUCAGAUGAUACUCUCAAAGCUGCAUUCCGGCAAGCGUGCAAUGUGACGCUAUCAGAUGGCUUCGAUCUUGAGCAUAUAUAUAAAGAUCAAAAUCCAAGAUUCUUCGUCGGCAAGGGGGUCAAGCCGGGAACCGCUCGCACAUUUGUAGGGAAUAUUCGUGACUGGGUUGAAACUGCGAAGAAAUUAAUACCCACUCUUGAGGAUGUAUAUAUAAAUUGCGUUGGCGUUGGGAGAUGCGUUUGCUGUCCGUUUGAUGGGAUUGAAUAA